AUGCAGAAACUAGUAGCAAACGCUUUGAGGCCUUCGGGCAUGAUGGGAGCAAAUUUGCUCAAAACGACAUCUUUUUACAGAUACCAGUCAUCUACUCCAAACCCUAACCGUGCAUCUAACAAGAAGAAAAUCAGCGUCAUUGAGCAGCAGAAGCAGAAACAAAUUUCCGAGACCGAAAAGACAGUCAACAGCGCGGAAGAACAUGAACAGAGGAAAGUUGCCCCACAGUCCAAGCAAAAAAUCAGAAAAGGGUUUAGCUCUCUCGCGAAAGUGCCUAGCACCGACGCCCUGAACCCUGAGGAUGUACUUCUAGAUACAUUCUUUCAAGGCUACAAACCGCUUACCAUACCUCUAAAACCGCCAACCAAAAAAAGACAGACAAUUCUUUACCUUGACAUGGACGAAGGUUUUCAGAUGCUGGGGAACGCGUUGGAAGAUCUAGCAUCUGCUACAAAGGAAACCCCGGCUAUAAAGGAUUACAAUAAGGCUCGCUUCCAAUUCUCUAACACAAGUUUCAGUGAUAACGAUGCUACCAAUGAACGCCGCCCUAAUUUACGUGCUAGAUUGCCUGAGCUAAAUAAUCGGAAAUCUAGGGGCCGUAUGAGGGUGAAUAGGACCUUGUUGAAGAAGAAGAAAUGA